UCCAUUGGCUGCGCGGCCGCGGCGGAGGAGCCGCGUCCCGGCCAGGCCAACAGCUGAGGACGAUCUGCAGCUUAAUUAGGGCUCACAGCAGACUCCAACAUAAUUAAUGACCUAAUUGAAAAGUGGGAGGAGGGUGAGCGGAGUGGGCGUGCGGGGGAACGCACGGGCGGCCGGAGAGAGAGGGAGAGAGAGACCGGGCCAAUAGGAGAAAGUUUACUAGUUGUCGCUCGGCGCUCCCACAGCUGAGGGCAUUGAUGUGAGCGCAGAGGCUUCCAGGGUUUACGCGCACCUCUUUUCCCCCCCAUUUUCUCACCCUCACACACGGAGCACCGAUACACCUUCUCACCUUUAGUUUUAGCGCGUGUAUUGUGUUUUUCUUUUCUUUCCUUUUUUCCUCCUUUUUUCUUUUUUAUGAAUGAUUCUCUCUCGUAAAACUUGUACGCAUUUAUCUUCUCCGGAUAGCUCGUCCGCACGUCCUCACCUCGGCACAUCUUCUUCUCUCCUCAAGUACAAACGCCACCAAGACUUUCACUGUAGCUUCAGACGCACGUGGGGGAAAUAUCACUCGACGAGGAAAAACUUGAUCAUUUGCGCAGCGGCGGCCGAAACGAGCGUCACCAUGAGCCUGAAAGCGGACGCGGAGCCGAACAACAACGUCUCCAUCGAGGAGGAGGUACGAACACUGUUUGUCAGUGGACUACCGGUUGAUAUCAAACCCCGGGAACUUUACCUGCUGUUCAGACCUUUUAAGGGUUAUGAAGGGUCACUGAUUAAGUUAACAUCAAAGCAGCCUGUCGGGUUUGUAACCUUUGACAGUCGCUCUGGAGCUGAAGCUGCAAAAAAUGCACUAAAUGGUAUCCGUUUUGACCCCGAAAGCCCUCAGACCCUGCGCUUAGAGUUUGCUAAAGCCAACACGAAGAUGGCAAAGAGUAAGCUGAUGGCCACACCGAACCCCACAAAUAUCCACCCUGCUCUAGGAGCACACUUCAUUGCACGGGACCCAUAUGAUCUGACUGGGGCAGCACUGAUCCCAGCUUCACCGGAUGCCUGGACUCCUUACCCUCUGUACACCACGGAGCUGACCCCAGGCCUCCCUCACGCAGCCUUCACCUACCCGGCGGCUGCUGCCGCUGCUGCAGCCCUCCACGCCCAGGUGAGGGACCAACCGAUGCGCUGGUACCCUUCUCCCUCUGAUACUUCCCAGCCUGGAUGGAAGUCCCGGCAGUUUUGUUAGAUAUUUAGUUUCUGGAAACCACACCUUUGUCCAGCUGAAGUGAGGUUUGCCAAGCUCUUCGUUUUAUUUAAUCAGGUUUAUUUAAUGAACAAAAACAGUAUUUAUAUCUUCUCCCAACUGUCUUAUUUUUGGGGGUGGGGGAGUCAGAGUUGAAACCAUCUCGCUGUUGACAAUCUGAGCUUAUCCUUGGCAACUAUUGUGGUACCAUUAGCACUUCAAUAAAAAAAAACCUCAUGCAAAACUAAUUUGAAUGCCAUGAAUCACAACUGCUGAGGAAAACUGACUCAUUGAGUUACUGUUAAGCUAGUCCUCCCUCGAGUUACUGCUGCUCCUGGGAGGUUUAGAAGUCUUUGCAUGUUCAAGUCUUUUUUGGCAUGAAUUUAGCACAGAGAUUUCUGUGGAUCCUAAUUUUCUUAGUGUUUUGUGUUGGCUUUUGGCCUAGGCAGUGAAAUGUUGUGUUUUUGGUUGGUUGUUUGUUUUUUUUUGUUUUCGUUUCCGUGGAACCUUGGUCUUGCCUCUGUGAAAGUUAGGCUGUUGUGUAAAUGGCUUAUCUCGCAUGGACCUUGUGAAUGCAUCCCUAUGUUCAGACAGUCCCAGGCCUCCUGACCAUAUCAGUGCUGUUGUCAUUUGAGCAAAGUACAUAUUUUUGUACUUCUUGCGUAAUGUAUAUUUAUGCAUUUUUGUGCAACAAAAAAAACUUAAGUUGGAUGUUUAGUCGUUUUGGUGUUUAUUUUUGAUCCUAUAAUCCUGUUGAAGUAGUUUUAAAGAAAAAGUGCAAUUUGUUUAAAGAGGAAGUGGAUGCCUGUCAAAGUAUUCAGAAUAUGGCUUGCGCCAUUCUGCUAAAAUGAGAUUGCUGUAAAAACGAUCUUUUCAGAAUGUGAAACUGGACUACAAACAUCAAGGUUGCUUUUUUUGUGGGGGGCAUUUUGAAAUGGGAGGCAGGAUCGGAUUGAUGGAGGAAUUUAGUUUGUGGUUUAGAACAUGUUUGUCUUUGUAUCUGCUGUGCAUAAGAUGUUAAAAAAAAUAAUAAUCCCAUCUUAUGAAUAAAAGAAGUGAAUGCA